AUGGACUCGGGUGUUCCAGUCGAAGAGCAACAGCAGCACCAGCAACAGCAAUCAGGCAUGGAUGCUGGUACUGCUGCGACGCGCCCAGACGUGCGGGUGCACACAAAGAGCAUCGAGGCUGUGUUGCUGCCCAUCGCUGAUCAGGUUGGCGAGCUCAUGAUCCUCGACGAGAGGGCUCGCCACGAAGGCAAAGGCAUCCCAGACCUGACACAAGCUGCAGAGUCGGUUGGCGUAGCUGUGCAGAACCUGGUCCAGGUUGGCCAGCAAGCCAUGGGUCAGGGUGACGAUCUCCUCAAGUCCCGCAUGCCGGUCGCCUGUGAGCAGAUCCAAGCUGCAGCGAAACUGUUUAUGGACGCGGCCAUUGAGCUCAAGCUGGAUCCACUCGCUGCGUCCAGCCGCUCGCUUCUCGUGCAGGCUGCGCGGGGUCUCCUGGAUGGCACCACCAACGUCCUCAUGACAUUCGACGCGUAUGAGGUCCGCAAGAUUGUUGUGCUGGGAGAGACGAUCAUCGAGCUGCUCGCCUCCGCCAAGGCCGUGUCAACGCUGGAGGAGCUGGUCGUCCUCAUCAAAAACCUGAUUGAGUUUACGCAGUAUGUGGAGACCCGCCAGCGCGAGCUGCUCAACGCGGGCGUCCGCAACAGAAUCAUCGUCGCAAACGAGGCGCUUCGAAAGACAAGCCCGCUGCUGGUCACCUCCCUGCGCACGUACAUCGGCAACAAAGACAACGAGCAGGCAAAGGCGUCGCGCAAUUACGCGAUUGAGGAAGCGCUCAGCGCUGUGCACGACAUCAUCAUGGGCGUCAGCAACACCGAGGGCGAGGCAGCAAGGGAGGAAACAUCCAGCAACACAUACUGCCAGACCUUCGACGAAGCAAUGGCAGGGUUGCAUGCCGUGAACGUUGCUCCCAUGGAUCCGCAGGAGCUGCACACCGACAUUGAGAAUGUCCUUCAACAUGCUGAGGACGUGGCCGAGGCGACCAGCAACCCGCGCCGUGCUGAGGUUGUUCGUGCGGCGCUUGGCUCCCUUCGCAAGAGCGCGGACGCGUUCACGGCCGCAGCCCCCGCUGAGAAGCCAGAUCUUGCUGCCCAAGUUCGAGAGCACAUGCAAGGCCUGGACCAGGUGAUUCGCACAGCCAUCGCCGAGCAAGUGGCCGACGUGGUCAUUGAACAAGAGAAUCACGAACCGUCGACUGAACUUGUGGCCAACACCACGCGUGCUGAUGAGCCACCAGAGCACUUUGAAGCUGCUGUCAAGCGCUUCCACGAUCGCACGCAGCACCUGCUGAAGGCCUCUGAGCGCAUGGCAAGUGUCUCUGACGAUACCCGUCGCGUCAACAUCAUCAACACGACCAGCAAGCAAGUCGACAGCUACGCCAAGCAGAUGGAGGCUGCUGCACGCGUGGUGCACUCCAACCCGCAGGACGAGACGGCCCAGCAGCAUCUCGCCUUGAUCAAGCAGACGCUCGAGCACAGGACGGACCUGCUGAAGGCGACUGUGUCGUCGAUGGUGGAUGCGCCGCGUAUGGUUGCUGUUGCCGGCGAGAACACGCAGGUGCACCUUGACCAGGGCAGCGCUGGUGCUGCUGCAGGCAACACGGAGGCUGUCGAGAACGAGGUGGCUGCCGUUGACAAGCAAGUCCACCUCCUCGUCAACGUCGCCAACUCGGAGGUUGAGAACUCUGAGGAUCCUGAUUUCCGCACCCCAAUCGACAAAGCAAGCCAGCAUCUGCAGCAAGUACAUCCGCGCGCGACUGCGGACCUGCGUGCGUGGGCGGCGGCACCAAAAGACGACAAGUGCCGUGUGGCGGCGACGAAAUCAAGCACCGACCUCAAACGCGGCAUUCGCAAUCUCCAGCUCGCAGUCAAGGGCGAACCCGUGCCAGAGGAGAGCACCGCCACCCCCGACGAUGACACCGGACCCGAUCUUGCCGAAACCGUCGACCAGUUCCAGCAAGAGGCGGUUGCGCGCGAGCGUGGUGGCUUCUCCGUGUCUGACGGCGAGGAGAGUGAUGGCGAGGUGCUGGAGAAAGCGAGCAAGCCGGCUCAGCGCAAGAAACCUGCACCCUUGGCGGUACCCACGCAGGCACCAACAGCCACCGCGACCGCCACCUCGUCCUCGUCUGCGCGCGACCAGCAGGAACCGCCCGCGACACCUGAGACGCCGCACACUCCAAGACUCUCCGUCUUUGAGCAGAAGAACCCGCCUACAGGACCCAUUGCUGUUGCUGCGUUCUCGCUGAAGAAGGAGACGGACCGCUGGUCUGAGCGCAAGAACCCGAUUGUGACGACCGCCAAGAGCAUGGCCGAGCAGAUGGCCUCGAUGGCAAAGAUUGCCAGCCACGAGGAGGAUGCGCCAGCCGUGCAGUCACCAGGAAUCAAGGGCGAUAUGAUCGGCACAGCAAAGGGCAUUGCGGAGCAGGCCAAGAGCAUUCGCUUGCAGGCGAUGGAUGUUGCUGAGAACUGCUCAGACAAGCGCCUCAAGGCCGAUCUUCUGUAUCUCUGCGACCGCCUUCCAACCAUCUCCACCCAGCUCAAGAUCAUUGCGUCUGUGAAGGCCGCAUCGUCUUCGCAGAGCAGCGAUGCAGACGCCAUGCUCAUCAAGAACGCUCAGAACCUGAUGGACACGGUGCAGCGGACGGUGCGCGCGUGUGAGGCCGCGUCGCUCAAGCUGUUCACCGCCGCCGCCAACACGGCUGUGGCUGCCAUUAAGUGGCGCCGCAAGACGCACACCGCGCUCGCUGCCCCGCCAGCAUCUUAG